AUGAAUAGUUUCUUCGGAACCCCAGUGGUCAGCUGGUGCCUCCUGGAGAGUGACGUCUUAUCUGAAGGGGUCAGGGAGGCGGGGAGCGAGCGCAGAGCACUCAGCGCCCUGCACCGCGGCGAGGCAGCCUGGGGCGGCAGGGAGUCCGAGGCGGAGAGACGUCGGCUGGGGUUGAGCCGCCAGACCGCGAAAAGUAGCUGGAGCCAGAGCAGGGACAGAACCUGUUGCUGCAGACGGGCUUGGUGGAUUCUGGUUCCCGCCGCCGACAGGGCUCGCCGGGAGAGGUUCAUCAUGAAUGAGAAAUGGGACACAAACUCUUCAGAAAACUGGCAUCCCAUCUGGAGUGUCAAUGACACAAAGGAUCAUCUGCACUCAGAUAUUAAUAUUACCUAUGUGAACUACUAUCUUCACCAGCCUCGAGUGGCAGCAAUCUUCAUUAUUUCCUACUUUCUGAUCUUCUUUUUGUGCAUGGUGGGAAAUACUGUGGUUUGCUUUAUUGUAAUGAGGAACAAACAUAUGCACACAGUCACUAAUCUCUUCAUCUUAAACCUGGCCAUAAGUGAUUUACUAGUUGGCAUAUUCUGCAUGCCUAUAACACUGCUGGAUAAUAUUAUAGCAGGAUGGCCAUUUGGAAACACGAUGUGCAAGAUCAGUGGACUGGUCCAGGGAAUAUCUGUCGCAGCUUCAGUCUUUACAUUAGUUGCAAUUGCUGUAGAUAGGUUCCGGUGUGUGGUCUACCCUUUUAAACCAAAGCUCACUAUCAAGACAGCGUUUGUCAUUAUCAUGAUCAUCUGGGUCCUAGCCAUCACCAUUAUGUCUCCAUCUGCAGUAAUGUUACAUGUGCAAGAAGAAAAAUAUUACCGAGUGAGACUCAACUCCCAGAAUGAAACCAGUCCAGUCUACUGGUGCCGGGAAGACUGGCCAAAUCAGGAAAUGAGGAAGAUCUACACCACUGUGCUGUUUGCCAACAUCUACCUGGCUCCACUCUCCCUCAUCGUCAUCAUGUAUGGAAGGAUUGGAGUGUCACUCUUUAGGGCUGCAGUUCCUCACACAGGCAGGCAGAACCAGGAGCAGUGGCACAUGGUGUCCAAGAAGAAGCAGAAGGUCAUUAAGAUGCUCCUGAUUGUGGCCCUGCUUUUUAUUCUUUCCUGGCUGCCCCUGUGGACUCUAAUGAUGCUCUCAGACUAUGCUGACCUUUCUCCAAAUGAACUGCAGAUCAUCAACAUCUACAUCUACCCUUUUGCACACUGGCUGGCAUUUGGCAACAGCAGUGUCAACCCCAUCAUUUAUGGUUUCUUCAACGAGAAUUUCCGCCGUGGUUUCCAAGAAACUUUCCAGCUCCGGCUCUGCCAAAAAAGAGCAAAGCCUACAGAAGCCUAUGCCCUAAAAGCUAAAAGCCGCGUGCUUAUAAGCACAUCUAAUCAGCUUGUCCAGGAAUCUACAUUUCACAACCCACAUGGGGAAAACUUGCUUUAUAGGAAAAGUGCUGAAAAACCCCAACAGGAAUUAGUGAUGGAUGAAUUAAAAGAAGCUACUAACAGCAGUGAGAUUUAAAAAGAGUUAGUGUGACAGUCCUAACUCUACUAUGCAUUAUAAAUUUAAAUACCAUUGUUUUUUGUGGCUUUGCACUACAAUUUUUUCAAAGAAUGUUCUAAAUAAAACAUUUACUGAAAGCCCUCUCUGGCAAAAAAAUAAAAAUAACAAAAAUGGUCAUAAGAUCAUAAACAAUCUUAUGUUGUAUAAAAAUACAGAGUGACUUAUACAUGUUUGCAUGAAUAAAUAUAUUUCUAGAGAACA